UUACAGAUGGGGUGUGAAUGGGUUUGGUUGGAUUCUGACCAAGACUAUCCUAAUGACUCUGAGUUGAGCAACGACUACAGGUCCCUCUUCAGCUCCUGGGACUCCAGUCUGGAUCUUGAUGUGGGCAGCUGGAGACAAACCGAGGAUCCAGACCCAGAGGCUGAGGAAUUAGAAGAAAGUAGUAGCCCAGGGAGAGAACCUAGUGAGCUCCUUGUUGGUGAUGGAGAGAGUGAGGAAUCUCAGGAAGGGGCAGAGCAAGUCAGCCAACAGAGCCUCCUCCACUUUCUUUCUGAGGGUGAGGCUCAGCAAGACUCCAGGGAGGAAGACCAGGGUGAAGAGUGUGCUUCAGACAUGGAAGACCAGCCCACUUCCGGUGUCUAUGCUGAUGGCAUCAGCACUCAGGAGACUCCCCUGGUGGAGAUCCUUUACAGCUAUGCCAAUGCUUCAAGACUGACUGCUCUAAGCCAAGGUGACCCUAUUCAGGAUCAUUUCCUAUUUAAGAAGACUCUUCUGCAAGUCUGGAAGAUGAUUGCCAGCCACAGGUUCAGCAGUCCAUUUCUGAAGCCUGUAUCAGAAAGGCAGGCCCCAGGAUAUAAGGAUGUGGUGAAAAGACCCAUGGAUUUAACCACCCUAAAGAGGAAUCUGUCAAAGGGUCGCAUUCGCACCAUGGCUGAGUUCCAGCGGGAUCUGAUGCUGAUGUUCCAAAACGCUGUGAUGUACAACGACUCCGAUCACCAUAUAUAUCACAUGGCCGUGGAGAUGCAGCGAGAAGUCCUGGAGCAGAUGCAGGUGCUGUGUACUUGGUUAGAUAAAAGAAAAGACUUAUGUAAUCUGGAAUGAGUGCCAGCCAGUCAAGUGGAUGAUAGAAGACUAGUUUGUUAACUUGAAGCUACUACUCC